AUGGCUCAAUUUCCAUUGAUAUUUCUGCUAAUCUUCUUGGCCAGCCAAAGCGAAUCGGCCAAGGCACGCCUUCAACUGAUGUGGAAAACUUUUAACUGCUUGGCGAAUCCUAAUUACAUUUCCGAACACAAGUGUGUGAUUUUGGAACCUGAAAAAUCUCUGAUUACCGCGGAACUGAACUACUUAAAGGAUGUUACCACAUUCAAUGCCACCUUUAAGCUUUUCAUGCCGCGAAGACCUUCUCGACCUUAUCAGAAAGUAAUCGAUGUGAAUGUGGACAUAUGCCAGUUUGCCAAGGGAAUUCACGGCCACAGAUUCAUGACAAUCGUUGUGAAAGCUUUUGGAAAGCAGGGAUCUCAGCUAAAGUGUCCCCAUCCCAAGGGUCUUUACGUAUACCCCAAUAUAAAUAUUGCCGAAAAUCUGCCCGCUUUCUUGCCGGAGACCGAUUUCAAAAUCGAAAUGAAUUUUCUAACCACCGGUGCUCAUCUUUUCAACACCACUCUCACUGGAUUCUUGUUCGAUCCGAUAAAAAGGAAGUCAAAGACUACUUAA